CGGUCUGGGUAAGCCUCUCCGCGCCGCGCCUCCCCGCUUCGAAGGGAGGACUUUGUCUUUCUGGAGCCAGGAAGGUGAUGUAAUUGCUACCACCAAACCUGACAACUUGAGCUCAAUCGAAAGGACCCAUAUGUUGGUUCUUCAAUUUGAUGGAUAAAGACAACUCUGUUCAAGAAAAAGGGUUCUUUCUCUCCUCUUGGAAAUUAGAUAAUUCAAAAAUGGCUGAACUUUUCAUGGAAUGUGAAGAAGAAGAGUUGGAACCAUGGCAGCAGAAAGUAGAAGAAAGUCAAAAUAAAGAUGACGAUGAUGAGUUGAUCUUUGUUGGAGAGAUAUCAAGUUCCAAACCAGCCAUUUCAAAUAUUUUGAACAGAUGUAGCCCUGGUUCAUCUUCAAAGGGACUAAAGAACGGCUCAUUCAAUCCAGCUAUUUCUAAUAUAUUCAAGCCUACGAGUCAACACUACAGAAAUCCAUCAUCAAAUCCACUGGUUGCUUUGCCAAGCUUUCAUCCUGCUCUCAAAUCUUCAGAGAGUUCUGAUGGUCAGAUUGUGUCUAAGCCUAACUUUACAAAGACUUCAUCACAAGAUGAUUCAGGUGCUUCUUCGGUCUUACAGUUAGACUCAACCAAGGAUAUACCGUCCUCCAACAUACUGCAACCGAGUACAGGUGUCGAUCAAACGUUAGGAUUAAAACAUCCUUCCACUUCCAAAGUAAACAGUGUUAAUCCAAAAAAGCCAAAGACUAAUGCGAGCAUUUCUGAAACUAGCCCUUGUUCUUCAUCAUCUUUACAGAAGUCGCCUUCAGAGGCUUCCGCCCAAGUUGUACUAUCAAAUAUGAAUACCUCAUCAAUUCAGUCUGCACCUGGAUCAUCUUCACUAAGAUCUUGUCCAAAGUGCAAUGUUAAGUUCAGUCUUUUGGAUCCUUUGAAGUGCCACAUGAAGCGUUGCUGCCCAGACAUGAUAAAUAACUUUCUGGAAACUCUCAAGUCAGAAAAUUCAAAGGCUGUAAACAAAGCUAUCACUGACUCAGAUAAAGAAAAACUGAUCAUGCUAGUCAGUGAUUUUUAUUAUGGAAGACAUGAAGGAGCUAUUGAGGAAGGCCAGAAGACUCAUACCACUUUUAAAUGCUUCAGUUGCACAAAAGUUCUUAAAAAUAAUAUUAGGUUCAUGAACCACAUGAAACACCACUUGGAACUUGAAAAGCAGAACAAUGAGACCUGGGAGAGCCAUACUACGUGCCAGCACUGCUACCGGCAGUAUCCCAACCCCUUCCAGCUCCAGUGCCACAUUGAGAGUACACACACUCCUCAUGAUUUCUCUACUAUUUGCAAGAUCUGUGAAUUGUCAUUUGAAACAGAGCAUAUGCUUUUACAACACAUGAAGGAUACGCAUAAACCUGGUGAAAUGCCAUAUAUUUGCCAGGUUUGCCAGUUUAGAUCAUCAAUAUUUUCUGAUGUAGAAACUCACUUUAGAUCAUCUCAUGAAAACACUAAGAACUUGCUAUGUCCGUUUUGCCUCAAAGUUAGUAGAAUGGCAACCCCUUAUAUGAAUCACUACAUGAGACAUCAGAAAAAAGGAAUUUAUCGUUGCCCGAAAUGCAGACUACAAUUUUUGACCUCCAAGGAGAAAACAGAGCAUAAGUUAGAACAUUGUACAUUUAUAAAGCCUAAAGAACUAGAGGGAUUGCCUCCUGGAACAAAAGUUACUAUUCGAGCUUCCUUAGGAUCUAGUCAAUCAAGAUCCUCAAGCCCACCUUCUAGUACCAUUCCCAGCACAUCUCUUCAGCUCUCAGUUCCUAAGUCUAAAAGUACAACCACUAAGAAUAACUCAAAAGUCUCUGCAAAUAAAGCUACCACCACUAGCCCUCAAACAAUUUCAACCACGACUGGUAAGCCCAGUGCAAGUAAGCCAGGUCCGGGGACAACUAAAUCCAAAGCCAAGCCCUCCUACAAGCAAAAGAGGCAACGCACCAGGAAAAACAAAUUCAGCAUAGAUUUGAAGAACUUAAGGUGUUACCAGGGAAGUCACACGUGUAUUGAGUGCCAUUCCAAAAUAAAAGAUUUUUCAAGCCACUUUUCCACACAUAUAAAUUGUGAUUUUUGCAAGUAUACCACUAACUGUAACAAAGCCUUUACAAAUCAUAUGAGCUCUCACAAUGACCACCCAAGUAAGCAGCUUUAUAUUUUUAAGAAGCAUUCACGAGCUCUCAGGGGCAUCACUCUAGUGUGCCUUAAAUGUGACUUCCUAGCCGAUACUUCUGGCUUAGACCGUAUGGCUAAACACUUAAAUCAACGUAAAACUCAUACUUGCCAAGUUGUUAUAGAGAAUGUUACCGAAAAAACUGAAACUUCUGAAUCCACUUCUGAUGGCUUGUUCAAAUAGAUUCCUGCUCUAUGAAGCUUGUGCAACCUGGUGAAGACAAGGUGGAAUUUCCUAAGUUCAAAGAUCUGCAGUGUUUUCAUAAAGGCAGUUAAAAUUCACAACACUUGCUCGCAUUAUCCAGCUCUUUCCAGCUUUCAGAUGGCAGGAGAUUCUUAUUCCAUCUUCUCUUUGUGUCAGGUUAACAUAUGUUAGCAUGUGCUUUGAUUCUCCACUUGGCGCUGGAGAAGGCACCUUAGUUGCUGUAGUCUAUUCUUUGUUUCAGAUAAUUUGUAUUUUUCUUUGUUGGACUUGCCUUCCAAUUAUUAUGUGUCAAAUGGUAUAGCUUCUGUUUUGUGUGUUUUGCCUGCUUCUUAAUUUUUUAUCAGUCUUGGUAGUCAGAUAACUGUUUUUUCCUUCAUUCUUUGUAUGUCAUUGGUCUAUUUUUCAGAUGCAAAGGCAACACAGAAAUUAAAAAAAAAAAAGUCCAGUGUCCUCCUGGACAGUGUCCCCGUUCAAUGAACACAAUUGAUGACUAGUCUCUCUUUCCAAGGAAUGUGAUUUAUUUCACUGUGAGACUUGCUUCAAUGUGUGGCCUUAGGAUUUUAUCAGUUCUUAGGCAGAGUCCCUUCCUACUUGACUGGCCUUCCAUAAGGCUGAUAGUGAUCUGGCCACAGAUACCUGCAAGGUGCACCAAAUAGAUUUGAGCACAACUUCCCUCUGAGGGCUUUGGUUCUUAAGUGUAAGCUUAUGAGUUUGUCCUAAUUAUGAAAGCCCAUCAAGUGAGUGAAGCUUACAUUCAUGUUUUUGGAAAAACAAACUUGGUGAAGUUGUGGCUCCAAAAUAACAGUUAUUUAUGUUAUCAUUUAAAGUUUUAGCUACCAUUCAACGAGUUCUCAACUUAUUCUAGUGUUUAAUAACUUUUGAAAAAUUAAAUUUAAAUAGCUUACUUUUUGUCAUUCCCCAAACUUAUUAUCUACAUUUGUAAUUUCUGCUUAAUUCUUUUCUUUUGUGUUUACUUAAAAUGCCAAGAAAUUUCUUUAAAACUCUCUCCUAUUUCACGCAGCUACCCAUUGUUAGUUUCUCUUUUUUUCUUUUCUUUUUUGUUUUUGUUUUUGGUUUGUUUAAUUUUUUUUGAGGCAUGGUUUCUAUUAUAUAGCCCUGGCUAUCCUGAUACUCACUAUGUAGGUCAGGCUGACCUUAGACUCAUUUCUGCCUGCCUCUUCUUCCCAAGUGCUGAAUUCAAAGGCAUGAGUGUUACCUGUUCAGUUCAUUAGACAUUAAUAUAUGUUCUCUCUAUCUUGGGACUAUCAUAACAUCUUAGUGGUCAGGAAAUGAAGACAAAGAACAAAAACUCCGCUUACAGAUCUUAAAAGAAGUUUUAAGUUACAUUGCUGUUAACUUAGUAAUUAUCUUCUUAGCCAUUAAUGUAAUUCCUUAGAUAAAUAUAAUAUAUUCAAAAAUAUUGGGACCAAAAAUGCACUUGUUUCUUGCCCACAUAUAUAGAGAGAGAUGUAUAUUUUUUUAUUUUGGUGUUUGUUUAUUUUGGUUACAUCGAAUAUAGAUUUUGCUGAACAGUUUUGAUGUUACUUAUUUUUUUAAUAAAAUUUGUAUUGUUAAACACUCUUGGGAAUUAUUUUAUAAUAAAUAAAUUGAUAUGAAAACCUA